ACACAACACUAACCAGUCUUAAAAGAUAAGAAUAUAAUGAAGUACGCGUUUAAGAUUUUAUUUUUAAUUGUUUUCAUACAAAAAUGUAGUUGCAACUUAGAGGUCACCAAAUUAAGAGAGGUGUUGACGUGGAAGCAGAUUAACUACGAAAUUGAUGGUAUUUUGUAUAACAGAGACGCGAGUUACAAGAAGACAACCAACGCUGUGUAUUUUGAUGACGACAUAGAAGACAGAGAGAAGUACUUCGUUCAAUACAACAAUGUGCCCAUAGGUCUAGAAGUAUGGGGCGACAAAGUGUUCGUGACUGUACCUAGAAGGCGAUAUGGUAUACCGUCAACAUUGAACUACGUAUGGAAAGCGCCAUGGAAAUCUCCAGCCUUGAAACCUUACCCCGGGAGUGAGGACCUGGUGUCGGUAUACCGGCCCAGGAUAGAUGAAUGUGGCAGACUAUGGAUGGUUGAUACUGGGUUGUUGGAAGUACCAGGUGACAGAAAACAAGUCAGGAAGCCUUCGAUCGUAAUAUAUGAUCUGAAAACUGACAAACGUAUACUGAGGUAUGAGUUGAAGGAAACCGAUCUUGUGAACGAAAGAACUCCUGGAGGUCUAACUUCAAUAACAGUGGACGUAACCAAAAACAGCUGCAAUGACGCCUAUGCGUACAUCAACGACCUGGCCACUGAGGGCAUGAUUGUGUACUCUCUGAGGACCAACACUAGCUGGAGACUCAACCACCCCACCUUCCAGCACGACCCCGCGGCUUUGAACUUCACUGUAGCUAAUUACGUGAUCAACUGGAAGGAUGGCCUCUUCAGUAUAGCUCUGUCAGAGCCUGACGCUGUUGGUGACAGGACAGCGUAUUACCACCCUAUGGUGUCCAACCAGGAGUUCUCUAUCAAUACCAAGUUCCUCAAGAGUGGUGAUAUCGGGAAUAAUGUCAAGCUGGUCGGCACACGUGGUGUGAAGACCCAAACCGGCUCGCACGUCUACCACGCACCAACAAAGACUUUGUUCUUCGCCAACCCAGCGCAAGACGCCAUCUUGUGUUGGCGCGUCGACACCAAAAUGGCGCCCGAAAAUGUCGGCAUAGCUGUGCAAGAUCACACUAAACUGGUUUACAUAUCAGAUCUAAAGAUAAAAGCUGACACGCUGUGGGUACUUGUAAACCAAAUGCCGAAAUUCGUGUUUUCUAAACUAAACACGAGUGAAGUAAACUUCUACAUACACAGUGGUAAAGUGCAAGAUUUACUUCGUGAUACUCCGUGCGGGCUGAGAUUGCUUCCUACUCACUCUAAUUACUUCUAGAAUAUUAGCAACACAGAUUAAAGAAUAAUAGGCAGAUAGAGCGCACGUAACACGGCAGUGAUGCAGCCAUUCCAAAUAUUAAUUCAAAAACGAAUACAUUCUCGAGUCAGUAUGACACGAGCCGUCGCAUUAGUAAUUUACAAUAUUAUUCACGAAAAAUGACGUCUUAUGUUUUUAAAUAUUUUAAAAAUAAAAUUUCACGAAAACUAAUAAAAUAA